AUGACUCGUGCUGCAUCCAUUGCUAAGCAGGCAAUCGAUCAUGGAAUGAAGGCUAAGUCGUACUUCCUUGUUACACCUGGAUCGGAGCAAGUCCGAGCGACAAUCGAGAGAGAUGGCCUGACAAAGAUCUUCGAAGAUUUUGGAGGAGAUGUGCUUGCUAAUGCUUGUGGACCCUGCAUUGGACAGUGGGAUCGCCAGGAUAUUAAGAAGGGCGAAAAGAAUACCAUCGUUACCUCAUAUAAUCGAAACUUCACGGGUAGAAAUGAUGCUAAUCCUGCCACUCACGGAUUUGUUACCUCACCUGAUAUCACUGUCGCUAUGGCACUUGCUGGAACACUUGACUUCGAUCCUCGAAAGGACGAACUGACCGCUCCAGAUGGCAGCAAAUUCAAGCUGAAGCCGCCAAGUGGUGUAGCUUUGCCACCUAAGGGCUAUGACCCAGGAGAGGACACCUACCAAGCGCCUUCUGGAACGGGAGAAGUGCGUUUU